UAUAUUAUAGAGAUGUUAAACACAUCGUCAAUACCGAUGGCUGUCAUACCGCCGACGCUAAACGCAUCGGCGGUUCACUCGGCGGUCGACUCUUUGCAUACUUGCGGACAACUGUUUUUUGAUGGUUUUCUGGAGCAAUUGGGCUGGAUGUUUUACUUGAUUUCACCUAAUAAAUCGGCCUACGCUUCACCACACGAUGUGCCAAACUAUGAAGUCCAGAUAAUGCCCAUAUUCACAAUGAUGUUGGCGUUCGAGCAGAUAAUCCGCUUUUUUCAACGCAAACGGGCCUCAAGAGUGUCCGAUAUUGUCAUCAAUUUAGGCGCCGGACUCUUGUUUGUGGCCAUGAGAGUACUACUAUUGGGAACCGUAUUGAAUAUAUUCUACUUCUUCUACGACAACUAUCGGAUCGUGGAUUUGCCGCCGACAUGUAUCUCAACGUGGUUUCUAUCGUUGCUGUUGAUUGAGUUCUGCUACUAUUGGGUCCACCGAUCUCUUCACGAGAUCAACAUCUUCUGGGCCUCCCAUCAGUUCCAUCACAACGCUGUCGACAUCGAUGUGUCCACAACACUGAGAGACACUCUCAUCGAUCUCGUUAUUUAUGAAUUUUUCCCGACACCGUUGGCGCUGAUAAUCCCGCCGCCGAUACUCCUGGUGCACAUGCAGUUCUCGCUCAUCUAUCAGGUGUGGCUCCACACCGAAGUGGUCACCCAUUUGGGACCAAUUGAGUACAUAAUCAAUACUCCCCGUCAGCAUCGCGUACAUCACGGAAAGAAUCGGUACUGCAUUGACAAGAACUACGGCGCUCUCAUCAUGAUAUGGGACCGAGUCUUCGGCACCUAUCAGGCAGAGGAGGAGAAGAUCGCUUUUGGCACUACAGCCGAGGCCUAUCCCACGUAUGACACGACGACACUUCACUUCUACUACUAUUACGACACCGUAUGGAAGAAGUUUAAGCAAAUGGACAACUGGUCCGACAAAAUGAAAGCUCUAUUCUACGGCCCCGGAUGGGCACCCGGUAAGCCCCGGACAGGACUGCUGACAGAUAUACCGGUCGUCGACCCGUACGCGCCGCUCGAGCGCUACGACCCGUUCAUACCUUUCUGGCAGAUCUAUUACUGCAUGUUUCACGGCUUUCUGGUUGCCCUCGGCUUCUAUGUGGUCACUGAUCACCCGUUGAUCCGAUUCUCGCACUUAAACGCAGUGAUGGUAUUUCUAUACGUGUUGUUUGCGUUGACCUCUUUUGGCACAAUCUUUGACCGAAGAUCUAUGGCCCCAUUGGUGGAGGUAUCGCGUUGUCUGUUAUACUUCUUGUUCGACACAUAUGUGAUCAGCUCAUGGAUGGACUCGUCUCUGGAGCCGCGACUGCGAAAUGUGACAGAAAUGGGUCUGACAUUCAUACGAGUGGUGCACUUCGUGUCGAUCGUGUUAUGGCUGAUGGUGUGGUUGAGCCGUACGAACCGUCACUGCAAAGAGACUUACGAUAAGCUGUCGCUCAUGAAGGAAGACAAAUACAUCGACAACUAUACCAUAGAGCAGAGCAAACAGGACUCCUGGCGUUUCUCCCGACGCCUGUGCUAUAUGUCGGGCGCUUUCGGAUCAUUCAUUAUCCUCUUUCUGGUGUUUGCCCUCCGCUUUGAAGAGUGCACUCAAUUCCUCAAUCCAACCAAAAUUGAGUUAUAAGUGGCCAGAAAUACGGGCCCCGAAGUGCCGAUCGCUUUAUUAUAUAAUGUAUUAAUUGAUGUGUUUUAUGCGCCAAAUGAU